AUGUCCCGAUCCGCGGCGGACGCAACGCGGUUCACGGCCACAGGGCCCUACGCCAGCUCCAAGCCCAAUGGCGCACCCUACGAGCUUCCCAACUUCAUGCAAUCAAAGGAUAACGCGAAGCCCGCUAAGCCGAGCGCGCCACAGACCGGUCCUGAUGGCCAGCCCGAGACGCCGAAGCAGAAGGUUGAGCGCCUGCGGGCGCAGGCACGGGCUGCCCGGAUGGCUCAGCAGAGCUCGGGUGUGGAUCGAUGGAUUGAGUCUGGGCGGAGGUUUGCGAAUCGCGCACACAAGGGCAUGGUUUAUUCGUUGAUUGUUGCGUCGGGUGUCUGCGGUGUCCUCACAGUCUACUCUAUGGUCUCGCUGACCCUCUACAACCGCCGCCAACGUACACUCUGGAUCGAGAAGGAGGUUGAGAACUUGAACCAAGCACGCAUCGCCAAGGCCAGUGGAACCGCCACCACCGAGCAACUAGAGCUCAUCGAGAAGGAGGAUAUCGCCGAGAUUGUCAAGCGCAAGCGCGCCGAAGAAAAGGCACAGCGACCAUGGGCCAAGGCCAAGCGGUUCCUGUUCGACAAGAUGAAUGCUGAGGAUGCCGGUGCUUCCGCCGCAGCUGGUUCGACGGCCGCAGUGACUACCGAGGCUUCCCAGCCUAGCGUUGUUGAGGCUGUCCAGGCUCAGCAGGCCUUUGAGGCGGCCAAGGCGAAGACCGGCGCACCGGUGCCCGGGCAGUUGGACGUUCUGGCGGAGAAUGCGGAACAGGCGGCGAAGAAGACCACGCGCAGCUGGACAAGUUGGUUGACUGGUCGGUAG